AUGACUAACCAUCGUCAUGGGCCUUCACUCCUUCAGGCCCGUGAUUCCCAUUCUGUCGAUUCUUUGCCAUCUUCCGCCUCGGAUUCUCACACUCCUUCUGCCAUCCACUUACAGGCCCAUCGCCACACUCACUAUCCGCACACGCAUGACCAUAUCCGCCAUCGCGACACCAGCGACGACAACAACCACGGCAACCAGCAUCACCAGCAGUCUCAUUCGCAUAGCGCCGCAUCCCCAGCGACAGAGUCCAUCGUCGCCCAGUCUGAUUUAGACGACCGGGUAUCCAGCGAUUCUCGGUCGCUGGAAGCUCGUUCACCCGCCGCCGCCGUGGACGCCGCUCUCGCCGCCCGCGCUGACGAUGCCACGUCCUACGUCACCCAGGUCGUCCAAACGAUUUCUAUAGUUCAGGUCGUCGACUACUCUGGCUCGCCCAUUUCGAGCUCUACCCAAUAUGCCACCCCGAACACCGUCGUUGUCGACCCUAGCACAGGCGAGACCAAGUCGCAAUCUAGUCCUGGCUUUACGAUUGCCGUGAACCCGAGCAGCCUUGUCCCGGGCCUGGGGAGCUCGUAUUCUACGCCAUCAACGACAACCUCAACUCAUCACACGACCUCGACCUCGUCGCAGCCCAGUUCAGCUCCGCUACCUUCCUUGUCCGCCUCCAGUUUUCCCACCUUAUCGGAUCCAAGCAACGGAACGGCGUGGGGAAAUGCGACCGUGCUUAGCAGUGCACAUAAUUCUACAAUUGCACCGACUACAAUCAGCCAGUCGUCCGCGGUCAACUACAACACUUCUACGACACAGUCCAACUUUCGCAUCUUGUCAUCUUCAAGCGAGACGAACACUCUGUCUUCUUCCUCUUCUUCCUCUUCUUCGUCAGCAUCAACAUCCAUAUCAUCGUCAUCGUCAUUGUCAUCGUCAUAUUCAUCUACUUACAGCUCUACCCCGACUUGGAACUCGCCGACAGUCGUCCCUACAGUCGAAGGCAGCGCCGAAACUUCCUCCGCGGCGUCGUCAUCUGGCAGCUACCCGAUGACGACUCAGCAAAAACAGAUUGUUGGGAGUGUACUGGGGAGUGUCGCUGGCGUGGCCUUUCUCGCCCUUCUAGUUUUGCUUGCCAUGCGUUAUAAGAAUAAGAGGAACGCCGAGUCUCGGUCAAUCAACAGGGGAUCUCCAGGCUUCGCGGCUCUACCCGCGUCGGGCAGCGACGCCGCCAACUCGAUGACUGAACGAAACGGAGCCGCCGCGUCGGUCAAUGCUGCCUUCGCGGCCUUUGCCAGCAAGCGUCAGUCGAGGGGCGCGCCCGAUGCGUUAGAGGUGCCCUCUGGUGAGCGAGGCUUUCACCGUGUGUCGGGUCGCAAGCUGCAGUCUGUGCUCUAUACGGGCGGUGAUGGAUACUCUGAUCCGCGUGAAAGCACAUUGAGCCAAUACUCGCAAUCGUCUGAACCAUUCAACCCUGGCGAUGAGCCCUUUGCGCUUGGCAGUCCUAUGCGGCCAGUCAGCGGCGUGCCAAUUUUUCGAUCGGGACCUGCGCGGACGCCAGUGACGGAAGCCAAUCCGUUUGCCGACCCUGCAAUGUCGCCGCCAAUGGCAAAGAACAACUCGCCACCCAGACGCCCUGGGUCCAGUGGCAGCGCGAGGGGAUCUAGCUCACGGUUUCAGGAGAGCAUUUGA